AUGAAGGAGAUAAAUCAAGCCUUCGAAAAUCUACGCAGUUGUGUUCCAACAGCCAUAACCGAUGAAGAGGUAGGCGCAGCAAAUGAGAAGCUGACGAAAAUCACCACACUGCGACUGGCCAUGAAGUACAUAAGUGUCUUAACUGAAGCACUGAAUAAUGAUGACGUACCAGUGGAUGACAUUUUAGAGUGUAAAAAGUAUGGCGAACUAAAUUUGUCAUUUGACGCGUUGCAAUCAGUUGCUAGUCGCAUACAAGUUGCUCAACCCGAAAAGACUUUGAGUAAACCUACAAAAGUGCAGAAUAAAAAUGUUGCAAAAUUACCCGCUAACAGUGUUUGUCGCAAGAACUUAUCGAAACGACGUCAAAGGAAGCAAACUCCAAGGCUGGUCGAUAUCCAUGAAAACAACAAAUCCAAAGCAAACAGAAAUGUGAACAACGUCAACGAUUCCAAUUACACACAAGCGAAUACUAUUGCUGACUUAACCAAUUUGAUGCUGGAAUCUGAUGGAGAGUCAUUGCAUUUGUCAGAACAUUGCUUAAGUCCUUUGCAGGCCAACUAUAUUAACUUGCUUGAAUCAACAGAAAUGGCAACUGAUUUAGCUGCCAACCUAUUCAGCGGCUAUGAAAGUCAACCAUUUGAGUUAAACCUUCGACUGUUGGAAGCUAAUGCUGGUGCGCUAGAUAUACCAAUGGAACAGCAAUUACCAUUGUGUAGUCCAAUGGCUAUUUUGGAUACUUUUGACGAUUUAUAUGACUUUCCAAUACAUAGUUCCUUAGAUUUGUUUUCAACAUGA